AUGCCCCUUAACAUUCUACGGUUGAAUCACCAGAAAUCAUCCCAUCCGAAUGAUCGGAUUGUCUUCAUCAAACCACUUCCUCGACCGCCGGCGGACCAAGCAUCCUACGACCUCGCCGACACAUUCCUGCGCGCCAUCGCCGCACAAUGCCUGCCACUGAUGAAGAACCACCACCUCUCCGUCACCACGCUGGAAGAGUACGAGCCCAACCGAGAAUUCAUCGGUCGGAACUUCAACAAUGGUGAAAUCAUCCAGCUGGUGCUCCAGAGCAAGAGCGGCGGCUGGGUGCCCUUUAACAUGGUGCAGAUGGUCAUGAUGCACGAGUUGGCGCACAAUACGCACAUGAACCACGGGCGGGACUUUUGGAAGACAAGAAACAUCUACGCGGACGAGAUGAAGGCCCUCUGGCAACGCGGAUACACGGGCGAAGGCUUCUGGGGCGGUGGGCGGACCUUGAAUGACUUGGGCACCGUCAUGGGCAACAACGUCCUGCGCAGCGAGGAGUUGGAGAGUUUGCCGCUUUGUGGAGGCACGUAUCGAAGUCGGAACAGGAAACGUAAGGCUCGGAAGGACAAGCCAGAGUUGACCUGGAAGGAGAAGAGGGAUCGGCGGAUCGAGAAGAAAUUUGGCAAGAACGGUGUGGCGCUCGGUGAGGACGAGGACGCCCGGUUGAGCCUCGAGAUCAACCGCAAGGGACCGAUUGGGAGCAAGCCCCGGGUAGCCCAGAGUAAACGAGGCCGGGAGUUGAGGGCUGCUGCUGCGUUGGCUCGGUUCGAGACAAACAAGAAAGAGGUCGAAGAUCUCCAACCCGCUGCCGAGGAGGACACCGAGGACGAAGAUGGCUACGAAGAUGCGGAUGCUGGCGAGGAAGAUGCCCAGGACAUCAACGGUCAGAGAUUGCUAGACGGUCAGGGCCGGGCGAUGAUCCGGGUCUGCGAGAACGAAAAUACACAAGACGUUAACGUCCAACGAGAAUUACAAGACCUGAAUACACUCGAUCGUUACCUGCAGCCGUUUCGAAAUAACAAAGAUCACGGCAGUAUCCCAUCAAACGAAACGGACUACACAGACACAUCCACCACACACAAGUCGGUUGGGACCCCAGCAACGCUACAAGCUGACACGAACACAGCCGGUCAAGUCUCAGGAGACAGGGGUCGCAGGAAAGAGGAGUGCCAGACAAGCGCUGCUACUCGUACAAACACCGAAUCUUCGUGUCACCGCCCCAAGUCAGAGUCGACGCGGUCUACAAAGGAUGCAUCUCCGACCCUGAUGCUCAGACCGAAUACCACCUCGGUGUUCCGAAAGUCGGAAUCUGACCUCGCCACCCCAGACUCCAGCUCAGCCAAAGUCGUCUCAGCCGACCCGCCCUCGGGCAUAGGCUCAGGCUCAGGCCCAUCCUCGCCACGACCUCCAACGAUGUCCUGCCCAAUCUGCUCGCUAGAGAACCCCCGCCUCAACGCCACCUGCAUGGCGUGCUCACACGUCCUAGACACUCGAAAAGAUCCCCGACACUGGUCGUGUCAGAGCCUGACAUGCAAGAAGAGUCUGAGCGGGUAUGUGAAUGCCGGUGACGUGGGUGUCUGUGGAAUUUGUGGGACGAAGAAGGGUGGAUGA